AUGGGCGCGGUCCUUGCAACGGUCUUCUCGGCUUGUGACGUAUGUCACCAGGAAGAGGUGGCGGCGAGGGAGGCAGCUGUGAGGAAGGCGGAGGCCAAGUGCGCCGCGGCCGAGCAGAGCCUGAAGGAGGAGCGCAGCAAGGAGGGCAGCUUUUACCAGUACCAGCAGGAGAUCAAGCACCUGAGGGCGGAGGUGAGGACGAAGGAGCAGGCACUGGAGGAUUACUCGCGCCAGCUGGAGGCUGAGAGGGCCCAGUUGGAGGAGCUGGAGACCUCCCUCCUCAUGCAGGGAACGCCGCUGAACCUGGUGCGCGAGCAGCUGCUGCUGAUCACACACAGAGCGAUGGCCAUUCGCUCAUCGCCAUCCAGAAAGGCUGCAACGUUCCUCUACCUUCCACCAACACCUCAGCACCCCCGCAUCACCCCCAGGCCUACCGCCCAGGCACGCCACGUGCUUAGCGAGAUAUGGGGCCCCUGGCAGGCCGAUGUCGUUGCCUUCGUGGAGGUGCAAAGCUUGGGAAAAGAGGCGUCUAAGGAGUUCGUGCCGGGAAUAGUGGAGGUCUCUGCGCAAGGUGUUUAUGAUGCCAAUCCGGAACUGGUGGAGAUCUACGCUUUCCAUGUACCAUCCGAGUCCAUAGGAAGCGCGUGUGGGCCGCCCUGGGAGGACCAGGCGGGCGCAGAGCACCGUUGCGCGUUUGUGCGCUGGCUGCGCACGGCUGAGGGCGCGCAGCUGCCCAUGCAGCGCCUACAGUGGGCCACCACCACUGCUGUGAGCGGCGCCACCAUCCCCUGGUACGAUGUCAUCGACAUCUGCACCAUUGAGCGCUUUGUACUCCUGCAGCCCAACCCGACCAAGGCUGGGUUCUUUUAUUACAACAAGUAUGUCGGCAGAUGA